CUCCGAGCUCUCUCCGCACGAAAGACAACCUCGUCUUGACCUCGAAGGCUCUUGUCCUUCUGAUUCUCCCGUGGGACUGUCUACUCCCGAUGGGUGGAUCUCUCGACGCUGCCCAGGACAGUGGACGCUGUCGAGCUCGAUGACGAUGGCCCCUCCGAGCGGGUCGGCAGUGUACAAGAAGAAAGAUGGCACCCUGACCAUGUCGCCGGACCAGCAGUCGGUCUCUUGGAUUCCGGCGGCUGGCGGUGCGACGGGGACGAUCACGAUCUCCGUGGCUCAGAUCACGAAUUUACAACAGACACCCGCGACAAAUCCGAAAGUGAUGUUGAAAAUCCACGUCCUCCCUCCCAACGCACCGGAUAACACCCCCGAACAAUACGUCUUCAACUUCACGGCCGGCGCGAACGCGCGAGCCGAGGCGGACGCCAUCAAAGAUGCGCUCAGCGCGGCCAUCCAGGCCGCCAAAGCCGCCCAGGCCGCGCCCACCCCUCCUGCUGCUGCUGCCGCUGCCAGCGGCGGAGGAUCGAGCGAAGGCGUCUCGGCGGCGAUGGCGAUGGCGAAUGCGAUCACGGCAGGCGGCCGGAACGAGAAACCGUGGGACGACGACAAACGGCUUCAGGGCGACAUGGAGCUGCAGCAGUCGUUACUCAAAUCGGAUCCCCAGCUCCAGCGCAUGUUCAUGGAAUCGAUGGGCACGAAACCCGAGACCCUGUCCGCAGGGCAGUUCAUGAAGCAGUUCUGGUCGACGCGGCUGCACCUCCUGCGCGCCCAUGCGAUCGAGCGGGCGCAGACGCGCGGAUCCUACAAUGUGCUGUCGACGCUGAAGCCGCGGGUGGAAGACAGCGUGACGAAGCUCAACAUCAGCAAGGAGCAGAUCCAGUUGAUCUUUAACCAGCACCCGCUCGUGAAGCAGGUCUACGACGAGGUUGUGCCCAAGCUGAACGAGACGCAGUUCUGGUCGCGAUUCUUCCAGAGCCGCCUCUUCAAGAAACUGCGCGGCGAGCGGAUCUCCGAGACAGAUGCGACGGAUGCCAUCCUGGAUAAAUACUUGAAAGCGGAUGAACAUGGUAACUUGCGAGAUGCGCAAGUACCGCAUUUCUUAAAUCUGGCGGGCAACGAAGUCAACCACAGUCAGCGACGGGGAAAUCGCCCCGAUCUCGAUAUGCGACCGUCGUCGGUCGAGAAGGUCCCUAUCAUCCGGACGCUGAACAACCUCAGCGAGAAGAUUAUGGCCAACGUCGCGCCGGCGGACGCAAUUCCGCAAGCGAACGGCGACGUAGAGGAUGAUACGUACAAUGAGCUGCAGCUGCGGGAUCUGCGCGGGGACGAGGAACAGCGCCGUAUCCUGCUCAAUGUCAAGGACCAGAGUCGGUUCUUCUCCUCGCAAUCUAAGACGGACGAGGAUGAAGAGAGUCGACUAUUUGCCCAGCAAGAUCCGAAUCGUAUCCUGACGGACUUACGUGGUGACGUCGACCGGAAUCUCCCGGAGGGUGGGAUAGCGCCUCUGGGGAGAUUAGUCGAGCCAGAAGAGGACGAAGAUGACGAGACGAAACAAGCUAAUCAGGUGGGCUCUCGGGCCAACCUGAAGCGUGCAUCAAGUCAGAUCCUCGAAGCCAUCCGGGAUCGCCGCACCCAGACCGAGGUGUCGGCGAUCACUGGUACAUUCGGCCUGUCGAGUGCGUUGUACGACCGGCUAACGCUCACGCACGCCACCACCACAGAAUUCCUGCACCAAUUCUGGCAGGCAUUCUUAUCGGGAAAUCCCGACCGUGCGGGCGAGUUGGCGUCUUUGGUGGAAUCGCUCAACCGGGCCAUGGACCGCAUCAAAGCCGUUCAGCAAGACGCAGAAGCGGAGCGACAGGUGGAGGUGGACCGACUGAGACGACACGCACGAGAAGUGCUCGAAGCAACGGGAAAGAAAUUGCGGAUCAACCUCGCGAACGUCGUUGGCGGCGAGCAGGCCGUAACCCGCUUACUGGGGCCGACGAUCCGCGCAUUGGAAACGGCGCUGGCGAAGUACAAGGAAGCGUUGGCUGAGGAGUUGAAGGAGGCACCUCCAGCUCCAGCAUAAUAAUUUUGCGACAAUUGGCCCG